AGGGACGUUUUAAUUUCAACUGAUUUUAAGAGAAUCUUUGCAUAAAUUGUCUAAGGAUGGCUAACAGUAAAGCUGUGGUACCUGUAAACAAUUCUCAAUGGAGCCCAUCAUUCGUGGAGGAUCUUCUCCCUGCUGCACAGAAGACGGCACUGCUGUACCAUCUCUCUUAUCUGUGCCUGGCCAACUUCCCCAACCUGGAGAGGAUCAUCAGGGCUCGGGCUGUGGAAACCCAGCUUCUGUUUGGCUCCUCUGAUGCAACCAUGCUGAAGUGCAUUUUGACCAGUGAAAACCUGGUUCAGUCGCUGUUUCCCAUGCUGAGGAAAGCUGUGGAGAAAAAUAAGCCGAUUUUGGCUGUCAAAUACCUAGCAAAAGCACGAGAAUGGAUCAAGGACAUUAUCAAAGAUGUGGACAGGAUCGUGGAAAAGUAUGAUUUACACAACAAAGAUGUUGCAACAUCCACCAGUGAUGUUAUCAAGGAAAAAACAGAUACAGAGCAAAAGAUGACAGAAAAAAGUGAGGAGUUGAAGCAGUUUGAAGAACGUCUGAAUAAUUUGAAAGCUAAACACAAACAAGCCAGCAAGGAGCUUGCUGAAACCGAGCAAAAAAUAAAUGCGAAAAGUCACGAGAUACAAGAAUUUGCACAAUCCAUAACCAAAACCAGUACAGGCCUCGGCAUCUUCGCUGCGCUUGUUCCAUUCAUUGGGCCGCUUGUAAAAAGCAUUCAUGAUGCUGUAAAAGAUCCUGAAAACGCAGCAACAAUGAAGGCUCUUGAAGCUGAACUGAACAUCUUAAUCGCUGACAAGACUGCUCUGAAACAAAAGGAGUGGGAGCUCGAACUCCAAAUCAUUGACUGGCAGAUGCAGGUCUCCAAAACCAGUUUUGAGCAAAGUUCCAUACCCGACCCAAUCCAUCUAAUUGAGGUUCAGAGUAGCUUGUCAAAAAUUCAGGCAAUUCUCAUUCAGUUGAAAAACUUCUGGGAGAAUGUUGCUCAAAUGCUGGACUACUUGGAACAAAAGACCUUUGUUGGAGAAGAGCUUAUUGAGGACCUUUCUGAACUGAAAGAUGAAUUUCUAGAGUCCAUUGAAGCAGCUGCAGAGGCUUGGGGCUCCUUUGGUGAGGGCUGUAAAAAAGCAUCUGUCAUCUUUAAACUUAACACCAAAGAUGCUUACAAGUUUCUAGAGGUCAGUCCUUCCUCUCUUUCCAAAGAGGAAUGGGCUAAAGAGUAUGAAAGUGUAAAGGAACUACUUGAGGAAUUAAGCCCACCAAAACAAGUGACAGAUCCUGAAACGCCUGCCAUUGAAAACUGAUCUACACGGGUACAUCAUCCUAUUUAUCUUCUGUCUCAUGAUACAGAUCACGGGAUGAUGAUGAUGAUGAUGUAAAUGU